AUGUUACCAGUAAUUGCAAAUGAAAAAUAUUACCCAGAUUCCGCCGAUACCAGCGAUGUUAAAUUAAUUCGUCCAGAUCAGCUAUUUAAAUUCCUUAAAGAUUCUUUUACAGCUAUAGAUGUCAAAGAUUAUUCAUAUCUCCUCAAGUAUGGCAUAUCUCCAAGUUCAUAUCCAUUAGCAAAACUGAUGAUAAUUUUAAAGCUGAUUUCAAAACAAACUAAAUUUGAUAUUGACGAAGAAGUUAAAAAAGAAAUUAUUUCGGAAGACAGAAGUCAAAACAAUUUGGACCAAAAACCUCAAAUCUUCACAAGGUUACGCAAAAUACCCAAUCAUCCCAUCGAAAACUGGAUUAAAAGUCAAGAAAUUACGAAUCUGAUUCAAAAAUCUCCAAACCAAACCAUUUACAUUAAUUCGUCUCCCGUAUCCUACAUUGUAUUAGAUAAUUCACAAGGAAGAUGCAUUAUCGAUGUUGCCUCUCAAAAAUACGCAAUUAAUAAUAAUGAUUUUAAAGAUUUGAGUGGUAUCAUUGAUAACAGAUACAAAAUUACAAGUGCUGCCAUUAUAGAUGGUUGUUUGACUUUUAUUCUCCUUAAUAAUUAUGAAGUCAGUGUUAUUGUUUACAGAAACAGUGAAAUUCCAACUGAUCCAGGAAUGGGCGAAAUCAUCGAUUUGGAUGUCAAAACAGCUUUUUCAGGAACAUGCAUUCAUAUUAUUAACAAUGAAUUGCAUAUCUAUACUGCAUCCAAUAGCAUUACCAUUUUCGAUUUAAGAAACAUGAUAAUCGUUGACGAAAAGCCUCAAUAUUACAUCUAUUCAACCGUUAACUUUUCUGAAAAAGAAAUUUUUGGAAUCAGUUUUCACGAAGAUACAAUACUUGUUGAUAUCCGGCCGAAAGGAAAAUGCGAAGAUUAUUUGACAAUCAUUCGUCCAUGCUUCACAACAGAAUCACAAAUAGCUGUUUCAUUGAUUAUUGAUGAUAUUUUGAUGGAAGUUACAAACUCAUUAAUUUCACUCAUCAAAACAGGAAAAGCACAAUGUGAUUAUGCAGCCAAUCCCACUCAGCACGUUGAAUUCAUUCUUGGUAUAA